AUAUAAGCAGUUAUUCUCAAGCCGGCCACUGUAGGAGUGGAGUCUCUUUCAAUUACCUAACGCUGCUUUUAAAAAAAACUAAAUAAUAAAUCGAUUAAUCAUGAGAUCGAUUGUGACAUCGUAUAGUGUUGCGUUGUGUUUUGUUUUGUAUUUAUGUUGCGGCGAAGCGAAAUUGGCGCCUGACUACAUCAUCCCUUGCAACGCGUCCAACUGGAAGCCAUGCCUGAUCUCGUCAACCCAGAGGGCUGUACCAGAAUUCGUCAAAGGGAGCCCAGAGCUUGGAGUACCAACUCUGGACCCCUUCACUAUUGAGAAGCUCGCAAUCCCACUGAAUGGACUCAAAGUCACCUUUUACCAGGGAAAAGUGUCCGGAUUCAAGAAAUGCAUUGUCGAUGAUGUUAUUUCUGAAUUGGAGAAACGCCACUUCGUACUGGAGUUCCAUUGCAACCUGACCAUCAGGGGGCAGUAUGACGCUGUUGGACAAGUCCUGCUCUUCCCCAUUAACGGAGAGGGCGACGCCAAAGUCAAACUCACUAACCUCAGAAUGAAAGUGGAUAUCAACACAAAAUACAUCAAGGAUAACGAUGGAGUGAACCACUUCGCGCUUAGAAAUUACAAGUACACGUUUGACUACGGUGACAGAGUGUCUUUCGACUUGAAGAAUCUAUUCAAAGAGAACAAACAGCUCAGUGACACAGUAUUAGCUUUCCUGAAUGAAAAUUGGAGAACAGUGGCCGAGGAGUUUGGGAAGCCCAUCGUAGAUUAUGCUGUAGAUUUAGCUAUAAAAACAAUCGAGAAAUUCUUCCUAGCGGUGCCUUAUGAGGAACUGGUUAACAUCCCUAUACCUAAAUUCUGAACCUACAUGAACAACCUAGGUUAUGUUACAAUAAAUUGUUAUUUAGUUUUA